GGGGUUGGGAUGCAGAGCGGUUCGAGCUAUGAAGAAGAUGGAAUGAGUCACGGGGAACGAAGAUCUCAUGAUCAUCAAACAAUGAACAAACAAUGAACAUGAUGAACAUGAUGACGAACAUCACAUGACAUGGGUAUAUAUGCUGUGUUUUCCCAUGUUUUCCCCCACGGAUGUGUUCGACGACAGAGGGGUCGGGUCUCUGUCGCGGAAGACCAUCGGGAGGAGCACAUUGGGUCCCAUGGCCCACGACUACGAUGAGACGGACUUGGGUAGUCUCGUGGAGGAUAUGUCAUCGAUUCCGCUGAAAAACCCGGCGGAGGAGGGUGACGAGCGAGUGGAGCUCGAACAGGAGGAAGCUUCGGUGAGAUUACGUCGACCUGAAGGUGCCAGCAGUGGCAGCCGAUCCAUGAAACCACCCUUGGCCUCCAGGAUUGAUUCGAGGAAGGACUUGCGCAGACCUGCGCCAUAUCGGUACGAUGCCUACGAGCAGGAUGACACCUUUGUGGACGAGCCCUUUAGGUGGUCCGAUGCCUGGGGGUUGAUUUGCGGCCUAAUUCUUCUCAUCUUCAUCGUUUCGGUGCUCUCCUGGGCCUAUCUCGAGGACCUACGUGAGGCGCGCGAGCUUGAAGAGGCGAGAGCCAGAGGAGUCGAACUUUGA